GGCUGUGGAAGCUUUCCCACGUUGUCCCUGCGGAACAGUUUCCCACAGCAUUUUGCUGACUCGAGGCUGCUGAAGGGAUGCACUGAGCUUCAGGAGGGCUCUCCAGAGAGGGGAAGGGCUCCUGGACGCUGAGAUAUCCGCAGCUGCUUUGCUGCCCGAGCGCUGAGGACAUGAACUAGCUCAGAGGAUGCUGGAGGAUCUGUGGGCCGAGCAGCAGACACUGCAGACCCCACACGUGGCCGUGGAUGCCCACGUUUCCUUCCGCCGCCGGGGCAGGAGCAGCUGCAGCAGCUCGCCAUGCCCAACAGCAGCCUGGCCCUGAGCAGCCUGGACGGGAUCUACAUCGGCACCGAGUGCCUGGUGGCUUUGCUGGCCACGCUGGGCAACGUGCUGGUGAUCUGGGUGGUGAGGCUGCAGGCCCUGCAGAACACCACGCUCUACUUCAUCGCGUCGCUGGCGCUGGCCGACGCGGCCGUGGGGCUGCUGGUGAUGCCCCUGGCCGUGGUGGUGAGCCUGGGCAUCGCCAUGCCCGCCCAGGGCUGCCUGUUCAUGUGCUGCCUGCUGGUGCUCUUCACCAACGCCUCCAUCCUGUCCCUGCUGGCCAUCGCCAUCGACAGGUACCUGCGAGUCAAGCUGCCCACCAGAUAUAAAACAAUCACGACAGAGAGGAGAGUCUGGUGGGCGCUGGGGCUGUGCUGGUCCCUGUCCCUGCUGGGAGGGCUCAUCCCCAUGUUUGGCUGGAACCAGGCAGCCCCCAGGAGCGCGGGGUCCCUGCCCUGCCAGUUCCUGGCCGUGAUGAGGAUGGAUUACAUGGUGUACUUCUGCUUCUUCACCUGCACCCUCGUGCCCCUGCUCGUCAUGUGUGCCCUGUACGCCGAGAUCUUCUACAUCAUCCGCUCCAAGCUCAGCCAAGGCACCGGGGUCAGAGGGGCUGGGGCUUUCUACGGCCAGGAGUUCAAGACAGCCAAGUCUCUUGCACUUGUUCUCUUCCUGUUUGCAAUCUGCUGGCUGCCUCUGUGCAUUAUAAACUGCAUUUUGUAUUUUCACCCUGAGUCUCACGUCCCCCGGUAUUUGAUUUACCUGGCAAUCCUCUUGUCCCAUGCCAAUUCUGCCAUGAACCCCAUCAUCUAUGCCUACAAGAUAAAGAAGUUCAAAACCACAUACCUUUUAAUUUUAAGGACCUAUAUCCUGCGCAAAAAGCCAGACCCAGACCUUACAGAGCAAACAACAGACCCACAGUCAUAAAUAAAGGUUGCACUGCCAGUGGGUACCAGGGCAUUGAGCAACCACCUGGCUUUGCUGAGAAACUCUUGGGAAACUGCAGGACCAGUGGGUCUGAAGCUGCUCUAAAGCUGUAUGUGAAUAUAAGCCUUUAUGUAAUAUAAUUUCUAAAUACAGAAGUAUAAAUUUUGUCUAGUUGGGGGUUUGGGGUUUUUUAACAAGAGGUUGGUUGAGUUGAUUGAAAAGCAGGUUGUGUUCUUUGCUGUUCAUAAUCCAGGAGCUCACAAGCUCACUCACUGUUCUCACACCAUUUGUCUUGUCUGUCCAUUCAGACUGAACUUGAGUCUGAUCAGCUUGUGCUUCAGCCAGUGUUGUCACAUUUUCAUGAGUAAUAAUAAAU